AAUUGGAAAAGCAUUAUUAACAAAUUAUUUGCAGUCAUUUAUAUUUUAUGAUAUUAUAUCAUGUCAAAUAGGGACUACUAGCAAGCAUGCAAGCCGGGCGGAUAUCGCUUAUUAUCUAGUGUGUCGCACCGGGAUAGCUACGUCAUCAAGCUUAUGCCCUGCUUCAGUAGUCUGACCCGGUCGGCGCUCUUUCAGUGUCCAUCAACUGUGAGGGCCAUAUAGUUUAACCACAGCGCUGUUGCUUUUGGAUCUUCCUAACUUUGCUGGAGUACGAAAACCAUUUAAACAUCAGACAACUUGUGUGCGUCAUCAAGCCGAGACUUCCGUCACCCGUGAUGGCUGCAAACCUGUCAGCUUCGCACGAGCUUAAAAACGAGGAGGCGGAUAAUGCAUCCGCUAGCUCAAUAGCCGCAAACAAAACCCGUUUAAACAAGCUUCACGCUAUCAGCGAUAUCCAUGUCGGCUUUUCGGAAAACAAAAUAGCUUGGUCAAAUCUGAGACCUCGCCGGAAUGAUGGGCUUAUCCUUUGUGGAGAUGUUGGAGAUACCAUUGACCAACUACGGCAUGCAUUCUCCAGAGCCACAGAAUGCUUCGAUACUGUUUGGUGGUGCCCCGGCAAUCAUGAGCUGUAUACAAUGUCUAGGAAGUCUGGCAGUGGAAGCCGCGGAGAGCAGAAAUACCAGGAAUGCGUGGAUUUAGCGCGCGAAUACAAGAUCCACACCCCCGAAGACGACUUUGUGGUUUGGGAAGGGCAAGGCGGCCCAGCGGUCAUUGCCCCAAUAUUUACAUUGUACGACUAUUCGUUUCGACCAGACGAUGUGAGCUUAGAGGGUGCUGUAAAAUGGGCGGAAGAGAAGGACACGGUAGCAACUGAUGAAUAUUUGCUUCACCCUGAUCCGCAUAAUAGUCGACAGGAAUGGUGCAAAGCGCUUGUUGAAAGGUUUGAGGCCAAGCUGGAGGCUGCCAAAGCAAAAUUCCCGUCUUUGCCCUUUAUCAUCGCAAACCAUUGGCCGCUACGCCAGGACCUGGUGAGACUAAAGUUCAUCCCCAGGUUCAGUAUAUGGUGCGGGACAAAAUUAACAGACGAUUGGCAUCGACGAUUCAAUGCCAAAGUGGUAAUUAGUGGUCAUCUACAUAUCCGAAGAACCGACUGGAAGGAUGGCUGUCGAUUCGAGGAAGUUAGUCUCGGGUAUCCACGCCAAUGGAAGGCUUGUGCCGACAUGGGCAGGGGCGUGAAUGAGCUGCUGCGAGAGAUUUUGCCAGGGCAGCAAGGCCCCGAAACUGGUGAUGUGCCGACUCGAUGGAGAAUCUAUGGGUAGCAGUAGCUGGGAGGGCGGUUUCCCUUGAAUGAUGAGAAAGAGGCAGAAUGCGGUCCAAGCUUUCUAUCCAUAUUCCAUACUCCAUAUGGAAGGUACUCGGUAUGGAUUACGAACUCCCGACUCGUAUGGAACGUAUUCCAUAUUUAUGGAUUAACAAUAAAUGACCUCAUGAACAGAACUAUACUGAACCUGUCGUAGAACCAGCCCAUGUUGCCGGAUCCUGACUGUCUUCUCCAGUGUGGUAAAUAAUAUGACAAUAAAACAAUAUACGGCAAUACAUACG